AUGAGCGACUUCAACUUCCGAGUAGCAGAACAUCCAGUGCGAUACGAUCUUCAAGCAGAUCCACAGUACAUUCAAGUUGAUGAAAGACAACCACAACCAUCAAACUACCUGGCCUUAUCACUUGUGACCAUCAUGUUCUGCUGUUGGCCCUUUGGACUUUGUGCCUUGAUUCAUUCUAGAAAGGUGUCCACUCGAUGGGAGAGCGGUGAUCGCAGUGGAGCCAUGCAUUCGUCUGCUGCUGCUCGCGGUUGCAGCCUUGCUGGGAUCUUUAUUUCGCUUCUCUUUGUAUUUGCAGUCGUUGUGGUGGUCAUCAUUAAGACUGCAGAUCGGACAACGAGGCCGCAUAGAGUGUGAUGUCGUCUGUACGUAAACAUUCACAGUAACGUAGACCGAAGAGGUCUAGACAAUUGUAGGUGUAAAUACGAUGCCACUUUACCUCAAAAAUUUAAUAGUGUUAUAAAUAAUUUUUACGUACAAAGCUCUGUGUAUGUGCUGCUAGCAAUUGCUAUUAAUUAAAUAUA